AUGGACACGAUUCCAAAGAUUUUAGUCCCUCUCUCUACCCCCAUCCUUCUUCGACACAUCAGUUAUCUACAUUCUCCUUUCUUACUAACUCAUCCCUCAUUUAAUCAAAUUCCCUCUCUUCACUUCCUCACACUUCUUUUCACUCUUUUCUUUCUCUUGUUACCACCACCAACACCUCCUACUUCUUCUUCUCUUCACAAAUCCGCCUUUCAUUCCCAAAAUUAUCUCAUGCAUAUGUGUCACAGACAUUGCCAUUAUCAGCUUCGAAUUCCACCCUCCACUGAUCGAGGGCCUCGACCGCAUAUUCCACAACUGAAUCAAUCACCACAACUACCUCUACUUCAGACUCAAUCACCCACAACUCAACUUCAAAUUCCUCAUACUCUUUCUCCCAAAUCAAUCUUUCAUUCCACUAACGACCUUUACCUCCUCACGCCUUCCCAUCCCUACCCCUUAUGGUUCUUCUCAAACUCCACCUUACCAUCACCCACACCCUCAACUUCACCUAACACACAACAUGCCUCAGUUCCACAGGAGGAUGCAUCUCACACUCUCCAUCACCGCCACCACCACCACCACCACCACCAUCAAUACCUCCACAUUCACCUCCUUACUCAACGCUUCCACCGCUUCACCCACUUCUCCUAUCUCCAUCUCCGAGGAAACACACCCUCCCAUAACCCACAUUAA